UCGUCUAGAAACAGUUGCUAGGGCGAGUUACUCUGCUGGAACGUGUUGGGGCAAGUACCAUCACCAAAAUGAAGCUAAACACUUUAAAUAUAACAGUUAAGUUACCAUAAAAACACUGAAACAACUGUACGUAUAUGUAGUUAGUUAUCUAGUGGGUUUCUGUUGUGUGAAAGUCGUCACAAUGUUGGUUAUUAAACGAGCAGUGUGUGUUAUGGGCAUCAUUGUGCCUCCAUGCGCCUCCCUCUCUGUGAGAAACUUCUCUGCUUGUCAGCAACUAUCAUCCUCAAAGAGACCCAGUCCGUACAGCUCAGUGGACAGUGAGCGCUACUCUUCUCUGGUGAAGUCAGUCAUGUCCUCCAGGGUCAGCUCCCAGACUCCAGAGACCCUCCAAGCAGAGGACGAGCAGGUUUAUGGACCUGUUGUCAAAGGUCAAGCUCCAUCCUCUAGAGCAGAGAGGAGGGUACCCAAAACCCUGCAUCCCUUCUUACACAGCGAGGAAGGGACCCUAGAAACAGAGGAGCCAGAGUCAGGAGGACCUCCAACCAGGAUUGUGUUGAACAGGGGUGAAGGCAGGUCUUUGGUUCCCAGUGUGACCCGGAUCAUUCAGCAGACCCUCUCCCCAGAGCAGAUCUUCUACCUGGAGAGGUGGAAGAGGAGGAUGAUUGCACAGCUUGGAGAGGAAGGCUUCAGAGAAUACAGUCAGAAUUUAUUCAGGCAAGGGAGGCUUUUCCAUUCAGCUUUGGAGGACAUCUUGACAUCAGGUGCAACAUUGAAGAACAAGGAGACACCUGAGGAGCAUCCACCUGAGGUACGGGGAUACAUGGAGAGCAUCUCUCAUGUACUGGAGGAUGUCAGAGCAGUGAGAGCUACUGAAAGCACCGUGCAACACAACACACUGAACUAUCUGGGAAUUGUGGAUUGUGUUGCUCGCUACAGGGGUGUACUGUGUGUGAUUGACUGGAAGACUUCAGAGAAGCCCAAACCAUUCCUGAGCAACACAUAUGACAACCCUAUUCAGGUGGCAGCCUACGCCGGGGCUUUGAACAAUGACGACAACUACAAAUACCAGGUUGGACAUGGACUCAUUGUAGUAGCCUACAAGGAUGGCUCACCCGCCCAUGCUCAUGAGUUGAGCUCAGAGCUGAUGUUGGAGUACUGGAAAAAGUGGCUGAUUCGUCUCGAAGACUUCACAGGCCAAAGAUCCAGUCAUGCAUCGAGUGCUUUUGUGGAAAAGAGAUGAGACGUGUGAAGAGAGGUGUGUCGGGGCAUGUCCAUGAAGCAGUUUGAGGCAAAUGAACCUGAACUGAAAAUGGAACAUGCUCCCCAUGCAGCAGGAGUGUAAAACAUACACAUUUUAAGCCGAAAUUCUUGUACCUUUUCUAUCCUGGGAGCAACUUAUCAUAUUAGGGGACGUCUUCUUUGAGCUAUUUAAAAAUCAUUGAAUCCAAACCCGGCUUCCCUAUAUGAGGCUUUUAAAGAGCCCUAGUUCUCCUCCUCUAGGAAGCAGUACACUGGGUAAACCACGGCGUGGAGUAUCUUGGCCCUGAUGCUGACCUUUGGCGUAGUUUCUCCCUCUGAGUGUACAACAUGCCCACUGCACAUGUCACGUAGGUCAGGAUCCAGGAUGCAGGCUUUCCUUCUGCGUCCAGCACGAUGCAGCAGGAGGGGAAGUUUGCGAUCAUGUUCUAGAUCAUCCUGACGGCGUCCUCGUUCUUUCCAAACUUCCAUGUCCGAUUCACCGAACAAAUGUGUGAUACAUCCAGAGAGCUCAGUAAGAGCUGAUGCAGAACAGAACAGAGCAGAGUCCUGCUUUACUACUGAACUAUUAAACCUAAGAUAAUGAUUUAGUCACACGCUAAGCCUGCAUGGCUAUGCUCUACUUGUCUACAGAGGGAAGGAUACAGUAUCAUCAUGUGACACAUUGACAGUUUUCUGCUGGACACGUCUUUUUCUGAUGCCACUGCUUUGAAUAUCUCAAUGUGGCGAAUAAUGAUUCCUUGGAGAGAAGUUAUGAAAGAAAAACUAUUAAUAAAUGUGUGAAACUUAA